AUGCAGUGGCUAGUAGUAGUAUUUCUGCUCGGCGGAGCUCAUGCCGACGCGUUCGCAGAGCAAGUCUUCCGAUCUUUGCACGUCGGAGAGGGGAAUGCCUGCUAUCGGAUGUUCAAUAAAACGCAUCAGUUCGGAUGUCAAGGUGAAAAGCGCUCUGAAUAAAAUUUCCAAAUUUUCAUUCUUUUUGCUUUUUCAGCGACGUCAUCAAAUGAAAACGGACUUCUUGUGCGAAUAGACUCGCAUGACGAUUUCCGAAGCCUCGAAACGUGCUAUCGAUCGACGUUUCCGACGUAUUCGGGAAAGUUCUGGGUCCUUCUGCCCGUCGAUCUCAUCCGUCGCGAUACAAUUUCCCUUCUGAAGUCGUCUAACUGCACGGCCGGACUCGUGCUCUUCGAUCCGCCCCAGCGGCUCCAUCCGAACGACGAACAGCUCGAAGAAUCGCACGAUUCGGAGUGUCCGAACGCCGCCAGCGAUUACUAUCUGAAAAACGGCGACGAAUCGUAUUGUCAACGGAAAACGAAUGCUCGCGGAGCCAUAUUGCGCGACGGUCUGUUGCGAAUCGAUUGGCGCUUCCAGAUGGUGUUCAUCAACAAUCGGGCGGAUCUCGAAGUGCUUCGGAAGUGUCAUUCCAUGUUCAACACUCCUGAAAAUGCCGCUAAGACCGUCGCAUAUCCGUACUGUGGAAUGACGUUCCGAUUGGCGAACAGAGCCGCCGGAAACUCGGAAAUUUGCUAUCGGAGAGGAAAAAGCGAAGCGAAACUGUUUCAGAUGAACAUCGACAGCGGGUUGGUGAUUCCCAGGGAAGUUCAACCAGAUCCAUUGAUUUCAGAGAUCCGCCAGAGCUUUGCGCUGCACUCAGAAACGACAACAUCUUUGCAUUCCCGACGCCCGUGGCCGCCAGCACUGUCAACGAAACGACGACGAACAGGUACAUGAUGGUGACGGCCCGGAUGGACAGCUUCGGGAUGAUCCCCGAGGUGUCCGCCGGCGAGGUCUCCGUUCUCACCUCCAUCAUUUCGGUGAUUGCGGCCGCCCGUUCGGUGGGCACACAGAUCGAGAAAUGGACGAAAGCGUCGGAGGCGUCGAAACGGAAUCUUUUCUUCGCAUUUUUCAACGGCGAAUCGCUUGAUUACAUCGGAAGCGGAGCGGCUGCCUAUCAGAUGGGAAAGGGAACGUUUCCAGUGGCGGACACCGAGUACUCGCACAUCCAGCCGAUCCGACUGAACGAGUUAGACUACGUGCUGGAAGUGCAGCAAGUGGGCGUAGCCAAAGGGAGAAAGUAUUAUGCACAUGUAGAUGGAGAGAGGUACGCGAAAAACAAGACGCAGAUGGAAAGGGUCAUCGAUCGAAUCGAGAGGGGACUUCGGAGCCACGCAUUUGAUCUGGAAAAGCCGACCGACAAGAGUAGGUGGGUGAUGGCUUAUGUGGGACUAUCUAGAAGUAAUAUCUUCUUUUAGAGUUCCACCCGCGUCAUGGCAUUCGUUCGCCAAAGUGAAUCAGAAUGUUCAGGCCGUCGUGCUGGCUCCGUUCGGAGAGAAAUACGACUAUCAGAGACUCAAUUCGGUGCUCGACAAGAACGCGUGGACGAGCGACGAACGGGAGAAGGCAAUUCAGGAGAUCGAAGCCGUCGGGACGUCCAUUCUCGCGGCAGCCGCGGACUACGUCGGACUGGAGACAGAUGACGUCGUGGCGAAAGUCGACAAGCAAUUAGUACGAGAAUCGCGUUCCCGAAAACAUUUCUUUGGCGUUCUUUCAGAUCUCCACUAUGUUCGACUGUCUGGUCACUUCCAACUUCUGGUUCGAUUGCGAUUUCAUGCAGAAACUAAACGGCAGCCGCUACUACAAACGCUUCGAUUCGUACGGAUUCGACGAGAAAUCGACGUACAUUUCAAUGGAGUCGCACAAUCCGUUCUCCGAAAUUCUCCAUUGGCUCACCAUUUUCGCGCUCGGUAGCGACAAGGACACGUUGAACGUGAAAACCGAGCUGAGCUGCUCGCACCUGCAAGAACUCCAAGCGGUUAGUCGCAUAGCGUACAGUCGCAUUCUCACACAAAUCGAGCGCAGGUUCAGAUGUACACUUACACUUGGCAACCCGAUCCGUACACGGGCCAAUUCAGCUGCCUCAAAUCGGCGAUCGUGAAGAAGGAAAUGGUGUCGCCGGCGUUGGAUCCGAGAAUUCAGGAAGAAGAGAUGAACGAGCAGUACUCGACGUGGAUGGACUCGGUCUACACGGUGGAGUCGGUCAAUCUGUACCUAAUGGAGGACUCCUCGUUCGAGUACACCAUGCUCAUCAUUGCCAUCGCGUCCGCUCUAAUCUCCAUGUUCGCAGUCGGUACGUGCGAGAUCUGAACCACUCGGACCCAUCAAUUUAUCCGUUUUCAGGUCGGUGCUCCGAGCAGACUUUCAUCGUGGACGAAGGAGAGCCGGCCGCCGAGGAAGGAGAGCCCCUCUGA